UGUAGCGGCGCUGGAGGCUGCGUUCGGCUGGAGCUGCGGAGACGGAUAGAGGAGCGCGCUCCCCCGGUCGUUGCCGCCCCUGGUCGCGUUGGACACCCCGCUUCUCCACGCCUUGGGCGGGACCGGCCAACCUCGGGCGCCGGGCUUAACGCGCGGACCGGCCCUCACAGCUCCCGGUACCCGGGACCCUCGCCCGGCUGCUCGUCCGCAGCCCGCCGGCCGCACACGUCCCCGGAGCCUGGCCUAGGGCGGGCGGCGACGGCUCGGCGGCGUCCCCAUGGCCGCGACGGGCUGGCGGGACGGCUCCGGCCAGGAGAAGUACCGGCUCGUGGUGGUCGGCGGGGGCGGCGUGGGCAAGUCGGCGCUCACGAUCCAGUUCAUCCAGUCCUAUUUUGUAACGGAUUAUGAUCCAACCAUUGAAGAUUCCUAUACAAAGCAGUGUGUGAUAGAUGACAGAGCAGCCCGGCUAGAUAUUCUGGAUACUGCAGGACAAGAAGAGUUUGGAGCUAUGAGAGAACAGUAUAUGAGGACUGGCGAGGGUUUCCUGUUGGUCUUUUCAGUCACAGAUAGAGGCAGCUUUGAAGAAAUCUUUAAGUUUCAAAGACAGAUUCUCAGAGUAAAGGACCGUGAUGAAUUUCCGAUGAUUUUAAUUGGUAAUAAAGCAGAUCUAGAUCAUCAGAGACAGGUAACACAGGAAGAAGGACAGCAGUUAGCACGGCAACUUAAGGUAACAUACAUGGAGGCCUCAGCAAAGAUUAGGAUGAAUGUAGAUCAAGCUUUCCAUGAACUUGUCCGGGUUAUAAGGAAAUUUCAAGAGCAGGAAUGUCCUCCUUCACCAGAACCAACGCGGAAAGAAAAAGAUAAGAAAGGCUGCCACUGUGUAAUUUUCUAAGAAUCCCAUGAAUUUUAGCUACCAACUGCCAGGAAAAGUCCUCAUCUUCUCUUUCUCUCCUUACAGUUUACAUCUUGUCGGUACCUUCUUAGCCUUAGACAAGCAAGUCUGACAAAUGAUCACCAUAUUAGCCUUAGACCAAGAAGCUGGCUAAUCCUUUCCAUGAAGAUACUAUGGUCAUUUCAAGACAGAUUAAAAGGAAACACUAAGGCUGCUUCUAAGGUUAUCUGAUUCCUUUAAAAUGUAUAUCUAUAUACACAGACACAUUUUUAAGGACUUACAUUUUAAUAGGGAUGAAUCAGUUUUGGAACCCAAGCUGUUUGCCAAGCUGAAGUCUUAGGUGUGAAAUGAUUUUUAACUUCUGGAGUCAUAUUGCUUACUGUUACUCUAAAUAGAAACUUAGUAUUUUUUUUUUUUUAAAUGUGAAUUUUUGCCCACCUUUAACAAAUUUGAUGUCAGCUUUAGUUAACCUUAGAUACUCUGAAUUGAAUCUGCAAAAGUGAGACAUCUCAGACCUUAACUGAUGCUAUAACUUUGUUUUCCCGUGGCCAAAAUACCAAAAUGCCUAUUUCCUUUAUGGAUUCGAAACCGCUUUUCAAGCCUUUAUUAUUACUCCUGCUCUUGAAGGUGGUAACAGUCUACGUGGCCAGAUAUUUGGUUCAUUUUGGACUUAAGCAUUUCAUUGUUCUUAGUUUUUUAAUUUAACUCUUCACAGCCAGGUUGAGGGUAGAAAUAAACAAUUUCUGUCUGUCUUCUUUUUUAAGUGUUUCUGGAUAAGGGAUUCAAAAAAAACUAAAACUUUUUUGUUUAAUGUAAUGUAAAAUAUGGAAUUGAUCUUUCCGGGGUCAGAGAUGAUUAAUGUUUUUGCUAUAUACUUUUAUACAUUAUUUUCUUAUCAAACUAGUUAACAAGUAUUUUUAUAUGUUUGUAAGCAAAUAUGCUUUCACAGCAUACCUUGUGUAUAUGUAAAGAUAAGUAUUUAAUUCUCACUGUUCACUUUUAACUGACAAAAGGAAAAAUAAGUGGAGGCUACGGAAACUGUGGUAGAACUUUACCUGCUGUUCUGGUCCUGGUUGUACCCACUUUGGCCAGUCACAUACCUACUCAAUAAAGCUUCCCAGUAGAGUACAACUUACAGGAUGAGAAUCUGAAAUCACUUUAAAUAUCCCUUACUACAUAUUGACUGUUAUAUCAAGUAUUAAAUGUAAAACUUUUGACAAUUAGUAUAACUGUGGAUGACUUCUGAUUUUGUUUUUAAUUCCGUGGAUUGUGUUUAAACAAUUCCGAAGUAUGUUUCCUGAUUUUGAGAUACUAAGUGGUAUUGCACAGUUGUCACUUUACUGAAUGUGUACAACAGUCCAUGAAGUUUAUAAAGCGUACCCUUGUAUAGCUUCAGGUGCUAGAAUUAAAAUUGAUCUGUUAUCACAAAUUGAUGUUUGUGUACUCAUUUUGUUAUUUUUGUGGUUUGUUGGGGGAGACUUAUUUUACUUGCU